CGCUAGAAUCUUCUACACACGCGCUUCACUUCGUACACAAACAUUUCCCCUUUCCGGCGAGCUUCCAGGAACCCAGACCCAGCUAAAUCCUUCCAGACCCCAAACCCUUCUCAAUCCUUUAUACACACACACACACACACACAUAUAUAUAUAUAUACACACACAACAAUCAACAAAAUAGCUGCCAAAAUCAUCACCUAAAUACCAAUAUUCCAAGUUGUGAAAUAUCACCAAUAGUCAGACAGAAAGAAAGAAAGAAAGAAAGAAAGGGAUGUGUCUGGUUUUCGUUUGCGACGAGGAGGAGAGGGUUGUGUCGAGGCAGGCAGCGCCAGGGGCGUGUCCGUACUGCGGAGGGACGGUGCAAGCCAUGGACGUACAGAGCCAGUGGAGGUUCUGUUUCGUGCCUCUCUACUUCCGUAACAAGCGCAAGCACCACUGCACCAUCUGCGCCAAACGUUUGGUCGUUAAGUGACAUACCCACAUCAGAUCAAAGGCUCAACUUUUUUGUUUUCUUUAUUAUAUAUUUUUGUUUCUGUUUCUUCGCUUCCUCCAUGAUGUAGUAAGAUCUAUCUCCUUGUGUAUAAAAGUAGAACAAAAUAUAAAUCUAUAUAUAUAUAUAUAUAUAUAUAUAUAUAUAUAUAUAUAUGUAAUAUUCCACCCAAAUCCUGGAUCUUAUGAUUUCAUUGAGGUCCAAGCUACUAGGGGCAAAUAGAAAAUUGUAUGAUGGGUGGUUUUGUAAUAGAAGGUAUUUUAUAGAUUUGAUAACGAAGGAUUAUAACAAA